CAAUGAAUUAAUGAAAGAAUUUAGGUCAAAAAUCAUAUUAUACUUAUUUGUUCAUGGUUUCAAGAACUCGAUUGUCUUUUCCUAGCAUUGCAGGUCGGGUUGAAAAGAGACAAAAAAACUAAAUGAUCUUAAGUCGAGACCAUCAAAAGUUCAAAAAUUAAAUUAAAUUGUAAGCAGUUUUAAAGCCUAGCCUAAUAUUAUAUGGACCUAGAAUCUGAUAUAGAAACCAACCCUGGACCUGGAACCUGAUCUAGAUUCUAACCCUGGACCUGGAAUCUGAUCUAGAAACCAACCCUGAACCUGAAAUCUGAUCUAGAUAUUAACCCUGGACCUGGAAUCUGAUCUAGAUUCUAACCCUGGACCUGGAACCUGAUCUAGAUAUUAACCCUGGACCUGAUAUCUGAUCUAGAUAUUAACCCUGGACCUGGAACCUGAUCUAGAUAUUAACCCUGGACCUGGUAUCUGAUCUAGAUAUUAACCCUGGACCUGGAAUCUGAUCUAGAUAUUAUCCCUGAACCUGAUAUCUGAUCUAGAUAUUAACCCUGGACCUGGAAUCUGAUCUAGAUAUUAACCCUGGACCUGGAAUCUGAUCUAGAUAUUAUCCCUGAACCUGAUAUCUGAUCUAGAUAUUAACCCUGGACCUGGAAUCUGAUCUAGAUAUUAACCCUGGACCUGAUAUCAGAUCUAGAUACUAACCCUGGACCUGGAAUCUGAUCUAGAUAUUAACCCUGGACUUGGAACCUGAUCUAGAUAUUAACCCUGGACCUGAUAUCUGAUCUAGAUAUUAACCCUGGACUUGAUAUCUAAUCUAGAUAAUAACCCUGAACCUGAUAUCUGAUCUAGAUAUUAACCCUGGACCUGAUAUCUGAUCUAGAUAUUAACCCUGGACCUGGAAUCUGAUUUAGAUAUUAACCCUGGACCUGAUAUCUAAUCUAGAUAUUAACCCUGGACCUGAUAUCUGAUCUAGAAAAUAACCCUGGACAUAGAACCUGAUCUAGAUAUUAACCCUGGACCUGGAACCUGAUCUAGAUAUUAACCCUGGACCUGAUAUCUAAUCUAGAUACUGGACCUGGACCUGGAAUCUGAUCUGUACCUAGAGGAAAAUGAAGAAAUGGAAUCAAACCCUUCUUCAAAUCCUCAUAUCAUCAUUGUUCAUCUGCUCAAAUAUAGAAGGACGGAAACGAAGAUCGGAAGAUAAUUCUAGAAUCAGCAGAUCUAAGCUUGAUCCUGGUUUCAGAAGAUCUAAAGCUGAGCCGAGUUUUCGAGAGGUUGAGAAGGAUAUUUUGGAUUCAAUUCUCGGCUCAAGGGAUAAGAAAGGGUUUAUUUACGAUGCCAGAAUCCGGCCACAAGCUCUAAACAAAACAACUAAUAUAACAGAUCCUUUUGGGUCGACAGCUGUUAAUGUGAACAUUUACCUACGAACUAUCAAUGAUAUCAACGAUUAUAAAAUGGAGUUUGCUGUUCAAAUUACUUUUCGUCAAAAAUGGUUUGACCCUCGGCUCAAAUUUUUCGAUAGUACAGGUAGAAUAAAGUAUCUCACACUGACUGAUCCUAAAAAGGUCUGGAUGCCAGAUACGUUUUUCAGAAACGAGAAGGUCGGACACUUUCAUAAUAUUCUCGUUAAUAACGUUUAUAUUAGAAUUUUUCCUAAUGGUGAGGUACUUUACAGUAUCAGGUUAGUAUCAAUAUCCUUGGCUCUGUCUGUCCUAUAUGGUUACACCACCGACGACAUUACCUAUCUUUGGGAGGAGAUUGAUCCUGUCCAGCUGGCCCAAGGUCUUAAUCUACCCAG